CCACCAACUGUCCGGGGUACCUCUGCGUCCUUCGGAUUGCUCCCCUGGCUGCCCGGAGGCCGAUGACACCACGCUCGCUUCGCACCACUACCGGCUCAGGCAGGCUUCUUCCCCGUCCAUUAAGGCGCCCUUUGCCUCCCUCUUACGUUAACUUUGGGUGGAGACAAAGGCCACAUCCCUUUUUAUCAACCAGUGGAAGAAAAGAGUUCCUGGGGCAAACCAACUCAUGGCAGGAAAGAGGGGGAAACCGGCACAACACGGCCAAAUUGAACAAGGAGAUUGGGGCCCCUUCCGACGCGAACCAUGGAACCAGCCUCGGUUUCCUUCUGUGGCCGUACCGAGGAAUUAAGAUUAGACGAAGCACUAAGCUUUCGAGUCCCUCUUUUGGGUUUGAAAUCUGAUCCGUGCUCCUCCACUCCCUUCCUGCGACGGCAGGCUGCUGCACCUAAAAACCUAAGAAAGAGGCGAGACGGGUCCGUAUUUGGUGAGGGGAAGGGUUGCUUCGCGGGGUGGCCCUAUAGCGAGGCAUGUUUCUUAAAACGCAGCCGAGAGAGCUAAAAAGCCCGAGAAGACUCUUUCAUAGCCACGUAUUACUGGCUCCUAGCUAGUUUUACACCACAGUAAACCGUCCUGUCUCCCCAUCGAACCUGGUGUUUUAAAACAAAAACGAAGCGAAUGUUUGCACAAAUUGCAGGAAAUUCAUCAGCCGAAGCAAUAAAGAGAAAUCAUUCCUGUCAUCACGCUCUCAGUGGUAUAGACAAGGAGGAGGAACUCAGAACGAAUGUGUGUUGAGAGGCAAAGAUAAAGCAAGAAAAGGAAUGCUGGUCCAUUAACUGCUUCUACUUGUGGAAAGUCUGGGGCGCGUGGAUCAUGUUUUCUGCUUUGUUUUUUCUCUGCCACAGACUGACUUUGUGACCUUGAGUGAGUUCUUUAAUGCUACUGUGUGUUAAAAGUGUCAGGCACCCUCUCUCCAGAUGGAAUCUGAUUUCCCACAACCAUACAACUCAACGGUUCUAUAUGCAGUCCUUAUACGUAAGCUUAUUUGAAAGCAAGGCCCCCUGUGUUUCACAGGGCUUAAUUCCUAUUAAGUGUGUAAAGGUCUACAGCAUUACUGUUCCUAUUUCAGAACUAUGAAAUUUUCUCCGGAACAGAGUCCAGGACUCAACGGCGUUUGCUAGUUUUAAUGUUUUUCUCUGCUGUCAUCUCAGCUCCCGGUUAAUGCUUUGGGAAUGAAAACUAUCUACGCACCACGGGUCUGUCAUGCAUAUGCAACAGCAGUUGCAGUGGAGUGCAAUGUGCCCUUAAUGGAUCUGGAUAGUCUUAAGUAGCUGGGAGUCUAUAUACUGACUUCUCUUACAACUUUUCCUCUUGCAUUCGCAGGAAAUGCUUUGCCCUUUGCGACUCCACAUUCUCAGCCUUUUUGGGACUCGGUAGUUUCCUCUUUCGGCUUUGCCUUUUGCCCCACUGCGGGUUCAGCCAAUCACAUCACACCGUUGUACCAUCACUUACUGUGGAGCCUGAGACAUUUUCUUCUUGUUACAGUACGUCGCCAAAUAGCUGGUGUUCUCACUCUAAGGUCCUUCUGUAAGGAGGGGGGAGGGGGGGAAGAACACAAAGCAAAUUGAAGGAAGCAGGAGAGAUAUUUGCUCUCUCUCACCGCUAGAUCAAAGUACUCAAAACCGACCAAAUGUUUGGAGAGAAAAGGUCUUCUGCAGUUAGCAGCUAGUUUGGGGGAGGUCCUGUGUCCGGACAAAGUACAGGCCUGCAUGCAAAUGAAUGUAGUUCAUCCUUGUCUCCCCGCCUCUUGUUUGUUGAUUGGUGCUGAACCAGAUACCAGGGCUUGGGAUUUUUGAGACCCUCCCCUUUCUCCACAUUCCCUUCUGCUAACUCAGGUCUCUUUCUUCACCCAUUAACAAGCGUCUUGGCUGACAUGGUGCAGCAAGUGCUAUACAGAGCCCUGGUCUCCACCAAAUGGCUAGCAGAAGCUGUGCGGGCCAAUAAGAUUGGGCCUGAGCUGCGUGUGCUGGAUGCCUCCUGGUACGAACCUGGGACGAGAGAUGCUCAGAAAGAAUUCAGGGAACGGCACAUCCCGGGUGCCUCCUUUUUUGAUAUCGAGGAGUGUAAAGACAAGUCAUCUCCUUAUGAGGUCAUGCUUCCCAGUGAGAAACACUUUGCCGAGUACGUUGGCAACCUGGGCAUCAGCAGUCAGACCCACGUAGUUGUGUAUGAUGGAGACAACUUGGGCAGUUUCUACGCACCACGGGCUUGGUGGAUGUUCCGGGUCUUCGGGCACCGAACUGUCUCAGUGCUGAAUGGGGGGUUCAAGAACUGGGUGAAAGAAGGUCACCCUGUGACAUCGGAGAUCACCAGAACGGAGCUGGCGGUUUUUAAAGCCAGCCUUGACAGAUCACUGGUGAAGACCUAUGAAGAUAUAGUGGAGAACCUGGAAUCCAAGCGGUUCCAGGUGGUGGAUUCCAGAUCUGAAGGGAGAUUUCGAGGGACAGAACCCGAGCCAGGGACACAAGGGCUUGAACCAGGUCACAUCCCAGGCACUCUAAACAUGCCUUUUUUCAAUUUCUUGACUGAGGAAGGAUUCAAGAAGAACACAGAAGAGAUCCGGAGCAUGUUCCAGGAAAAGAAAUUGGAUCUUUCAAAGCCACUGAUUGCCACGUGCCGCAAAGGGGUCACAGCCUGCCACAUUGCCCUGGCAGCUUACCUGUGUGGUAAACCAGAUGUGGCCAUUUACGAUGGAUCCUGGUCAGAAUGGUAUCAUCGUGCCCCACCAGAGAAUAAAAUUUCUGAAUGGAAUCGCAAUAAGGCAUAAGCAAAGGAAUGUCUGUUUGCUGUGAUCAUGCUCUGAAAUUUGAAUUCUUAAUAAUUUCUAACAAAGAUCAAGGGCUGGAAAAAUGUGAAGUUCAUAGUCUUUUAUAAUUUUUUAGUUUUCUAAUCAAAUGCUGCUUUUUUCUAUCUUGUUUUCAUAAUCUGAUAAUUAAAUAAAAACAGAAUCUCAGGUCAUAGUCUUUUGUCC